UGCGAUCCAUCAAGAGGGUCAGAAUCACUACGGAGUUCAGAGGAGACAACAGGCCCCUACAGCAUCAGAUGGUUUUAAUGAAUGCGGCCUUUUAAUGAUAUGCAGUUGUAAAAAGAUCUGAAUGAAAAUGAAUGGGGAAAUAAAAGGGGAAAGCGUCUCAGCGGAUGUAACCCUAGGAAAAAUGGAUGUAGGAGAAAAGAUGACCUCUAUAGUGAAAAACCCUUCCAUCGCCAGGAAGAUUGGCCUGAAACAAGAUGAGGAGAUUGUUGCUGCUACCAUUCACUUGGACCAUCUUGCCAAAGAUGACGUUUUAAAAUUGCUGAAGAUCCUCGAGCCCUAUGAUGACAAACUUGAGGUUAAAACCAGAUCCAGCAUCGCGAUUGAUGGUGAUCUCAAUGGACCUUCAUUGAACGGAAUUGAUGGUGGUGGAAAAUUUACCAUGCCCACAAUUGGCAUGUCAGGACCCCAAUUAAAAGGAGCAGCCUUGGAUGGAACUGUUCAGAGCCCUGAGCUUAGUGUCUCAGCACCAUCAGUCAAAUCCCCAGAUAUGUCCAUUAAUGUGGAUCCACCAGAGGUCAGCAGCAAUGGACUGAAAUAUAAGGCCCCCAAGUUUAAAAUGCCAAAUUUCAAUUUGUCAGCAAAAAAGCCAAAAAUGACAACCCCAGAAGCAACUUUGACAGGCCCAAGCAUCAGUGCAGAUGUGGAUACACCAAAGCUCAAUCUUCAAGCUCCAGAGGUUGAUGUCACCUUACCAAAAGCUGAACUUGAGGGCCCAAAUCUGGAUAUCGAGACCCCAGGUGUUGACAUUGAGUCCCCAUCAGCGAAGUUCAAAUGGUUCACACUUCCAAAGCCAAAGUGGGGUCACUCUCGGCCUAAGAUAGAAACCCCAGACAUUGAUGUUUCUGGGCCAACAGUUAAAGCUGAUUUGGAUAUACCAGAUGCAGAGGUGAAUCUGCCCAAAGCUGAAAUUGAUGGUCCAGAUGUUGACAUUGAUCCGCCAUCAAGCAAGUUCAAAUGGCCAAAAAUGAAGAAACCCAAGUUUGGGAAAACAAAAGGACCAGAUGUGGAUAUUGAUGCAGAUGUCACAACACCAGACUUGGAUCUUUCAGCACCAAAGAUUAAAGCUGAUGUGGACACGCCUGAUAUUGAUGUGAAAUUACCAUCAGCUGACAUAAAUGGUCCAGAUGUGGAUCUCAAAGCUCCUGAUGUUGAGGUAAAUGCUCCGUCAGGGAAGAUCAAAUUUCCCACUCUAAAAAAGCCACACUUCAAAUUCAAACCAAAAGUGUCCACUCCUGAUAUCGAUGUUGAUGCUGACAUUAAAGCUCCAGAGGUUGAAGCAAAUCUUGAAACACCAGAUGUCAAUGUAAGCCUUCCAAAUGCAGACAUUGAUGGCCCUGAUGUUGAUCUCAAUGCGCCAGAUGUCAACAUUGAUCCUCCCUCUUCAAAAUUCAAGUGGAACUGGAAGAAGCCUAAACUGAACCUCUUAAAACCAAAAACACCAAGCCUGGAAGUUGAUGCUGAUGUAAAAACACCUGAUCUUGAAGCAGGACUUGAUCUGCCUGAUGUGGACCUCCAAUCUCCAGACCUCAGCAUCUCUGCACCAAAUAUUAAAGGUGACCUCAAUGCUCCAAACCUGGAUGUUAAUCUACCUGAUGCAAGCCUUGAAGCACCAAAGGUGGAUCUAAAAGCACCAGACGUUGACCUUGAUGCCCCAUCAGGCAAAUUCAAGCUGCCCCCAAUCAAAUGGCCAAAAAUCCACCUGCCAAAAGCAAAAACACCAGACAUUGAUGUUGCUGCAGAUGUAGAUACACCAGAUUUGGAUGUCUCCCUACCAAAGGUUGAGGCAGGACUUGAUGCUCCUAAAGUUGAUAUAAAUUUGCCCAAAGCAGAUCUUAAUGUUCCAGAUGUCGAUCUCAAAGCACUUGAUCUCAACCUUUCUGCACCAAAAAUUGAAGGAGAUCUAAAUGCUCCAGCCCUAGAUGUUAACCUACCAGAUGCAAGCCUGAAAGCACCAGAGGUGGAUCUCAAAGCACCAGAAGUGGAUCUAAAAGCACCAGAUGUUGACCUUGAUGCCCCAUCAGGCAAGUUCAAGCUGCCCCCAAUUAAAUGGCCAAAACUCAACCUGCCAAAAGCGAAAACACCUGACAUUGAUGUUGAUGCAGAUGUAGAUACACCAGACUUGGAUGUCUCCCUACCAAAAGUUGAAGCAGGACUUGAUGCUCCUAAAGUGGAUAUAAAUUUGCCCAAAGCAGAUCUUAAUGUCCCAGAUGUUGACCUCAAAGCACCUGAUCUCAACCUUUCUGCACCAAAAAUUGAGGGAGAUCUAAACACUCCAGCCCUAGAUGUUAACCUACCAGAUGCAAGCCUUAAAGCACCAGAGUUGGAUCUCAAAGCACCAGAUGUUGACAUUGAUGCUCCAUCAGGGAAAUUCAAAUUGCCUACAAUUAAAUGGCCAAAACUGUCUGGACCAAAGGCUAGUGUAGAUGUAGAUACACCAGACUUGGAUGUUUCUGUACCAAAAGUUGAGGCAGGACUUGAUGCCCCUGAUGUAGAUUUAACAUUGCCCAACGCAGACCUUACUGUGCCAAAUGUGGAUCUAACAGCACCAGACCUGAAUGUUUCUGCACCAAUGAUUGACAGUGGUGUGAGUGUGCCAGAUGUAGAUCUACCAAAAGCCAAUCUUACAGGACCAGAUGUAGAUUUGAAGGCUCCAAGUAUAGAUGUUGAAGCUCCUUCAAGUAAAAUAAAAAUGCCCCACUUUAAGCUGCCUAAAUUCAAUCUAACAGGACCAAAGCUGAAGACACCCAGUGUUGAUACACCAGACGUCAAUGUUCCAUCACUCGAUGCACCAACAGUUGAUGUAAAUUUACCACAGGUUUCGGCUGAUGGGCCUAGUCUUGACUUGACAGCUCCAGAUAUCACAGCACCCAAAGUUGAGGGUAGUUUCACUACUCCAGAUGUUGAUCUGAACUUGCCAAAUGUGGAUGUCAAAGCCCCUAAAGUAGAUCUUAAUGUUCCUGAUGUCAACGUUGAUACAGACUUGAAAACACCAGAUUUCAUGGCAGACAUUGAUGGUCCAGAUGUUGACUUGAAAGUUCCAGAUGUGGAUGUCGACCCCCCUUCAGGAAAAUUCAAAAUGCCCCAUUUCAAAUUGCCCAAAUUUGGUUUAUCCACCCCAAGGGUGAAACGGCCUGAUCUGGAUGCCAGUGUGGAUGUGAAAGCACCUGAAGUGGAUGUUGAUGUUCCCAAAGUUGAGGCAGACUUCACUGCUCCAGAAGUCAAAGCUGAGGUUAGUGCUCCAGAGAUUGAUGUGAAUCUUCCCAAAACUGAUAUCAAGGGCCCUGAAGUUGAUGUGGAUUUACCUGAUGUCAGUGUUGAUGCAUCAAAGCCAAAGUCCAAAUUCCACACUCUCAAGAGGCUGUUUGGAAGAGGAGAUUCCUCUGAUGCUGAGGUAGAUGGAGAUGUGGACACUGACACGGAACUGCCAGAGGAAGACAUACCAUUGUUUAAAACACACAGACUACCACUAAGCACCAUUCAGAAAGCAUUGGAGUUCACUGGUGCUGUAGACCUGCACAGUGACCCUGUUCUUCCUGAAUUGAAAAGGGGAAUCAGUACUCCUAGUCUGAAUAGCCAGGGGCAGCAAACAGGACCAAUUGACAUCAAAGAAAGGUUGAGAUUAUUUGCUUCAAGGUCAUCAUUAGACAAAAGCCUGGAUGAUUCAUCCCUGGUAGGAGCUCAAGUGAACGCACCCUCCCUUGAGGUCUCCCCAACAGAAGUCAGUGUCAGUGCCCCAGCAUUGAACGUUGAUGUAAAUGCAGAUGUUGACAGCGCGACAAAAGUCAAACGGGGAACAUUCAAAGUGGCAAAGCCUGAUUGUGACAAAAGCAUCCCUGUGAUUAACAUGUCUGGAAAGGAUGAGAAUGAAAAAUUAUCAAUAAGUCUCUCCAAUAUGCUUGGCCUUCCUACGAAAGAUGAAUCUGAUGGAGAUUCUUAAAUAUCUGUGGAGCUCUUGUAUCAUAUUUAAGUCAACUGAUUCAUACACUAAGAAUAAUAUAAUGAUAUCAAAAAAGAAAUUGAAAUUGAAAGCUUACAACAAUGUUAGAGUAGUAUGGAUUGAGUUUCUAAUACUGUAAGUAAUGUUAUGUAUAUUGUGAAUGUGAUAUGUUAAUAUAUGCUACUUCCCAUAUACUGUGAUUAUGUGUGAAGAUAUAUAUAUGUGUGUAUGUGUGUGCGUGUGUGUGUAUGUAUGUGUGUGUGCACGCACACAUGUGUAUGUGUGUGUGCCUCCAUUUGUGUCGGAAAAGAUAAACUAUGAAAUCCAGUUUCUACAGCUGCUGAAUACUGUGUAUUAUUCUAAUAGGCUAUACUUGUUUAUUAACAGUUUGGUUCAAUAAUUACAUUAAACUACAUGUGAAUGGCAUUUUAUUAAAUUGUUUUAAUAAAUCUUUGAAAAUUAA